AUGUCGGGUUCACUUUCCUUCCCCGGUACCUCGGAAACGGCUGACGCGACAUUAUUCCACGAGAUGUCAACACCGGAUGCACUGGCAACGACGCGUCCGGAGAAACGGCGCAGACUUGAGCGCGUCGCAGCGGCCUGCGAUCUGUGCAAGAAAAGAAAGGUAAAGUGCGACGGUGAGCAACCAUGCGCCUAUUGCACUCGGAAGGAUCGCGCGGCUACUUGUACGUUCAGCGGCCCUCAUGCACGGCCACAAGCGCAUUCUGCCGGUCACACUCCCCUUCACGGUGUCCGUUCCGACGAUAUCCACCGUCAUCACCCCCGUUCAACUGGCCAUACACCUCAUAACCGCGAUCGAGAUGAACAGGACGAUGCUGUGCGACAAAGACUUGAUCGCGAAGCUGCCGAGGAUGGAACAGCACUCUCGCCAACAUUGAGCAGAGAUGAUCAACAAGGCGAUACAGUGGUGCCUCUUGAGGGUCGCAUCCUCCGUGACGCCCAGGGAAAGUCUAUCUUCAUUGGCGACUGCGCCCCGCUGUCUUUUCUACAAACAGUCAGGCACCUCAUCACAUCCGAGGUAGACCCAAGAGCUACUGUCCAGGCCACUCGCGACCCCAUCAUCGAGAUCGCUCGGCCUGAAUCAGCGGGUCAGCCCUCAUGCCCUCCAGUUGAUGUGCGUCAAGUCGACGCACUAGUCGAUGAAUUUAUGGCUGCAAGUAGUGGUCUCGUUCAGCUGUUCCAGCGAGAGGACCUAGCUCCCGAGCUGAAAGCGUGGGCAAGCAGCAGAACCUCGACCCCAGACGAUGCUGCCGCUGCCGUCUUCUAUCUGGUGCUUGCGAUCGGCGCCCAAGAACGAUAUGAAGAGAAGGCGGAAGCCUGGUUCAAUACUGCCCGGGACGUGCUUCUGAAGCAUAUGUGCAGUAGCAUGAAUGUUUCGACUGUCCAAGGCUUUGCCCUCGUAGCGAUCUACAUGCUGCGAGCAUCUCAACCGAAUGGCGCCUACUUGUACUUCUCUUUGGCCGCCCGCGCAGGAUACGCAAUUGGCAUACACCGGACUGAAGUGAAUGCAUCUUUUGGCGAAACCAUUAAGCUGGUGCGGGACCGAAUUUGGAAGAGCAUUCGCGUUACCGACCAAUUGAUCAGCAACGCAUUAGGUCGACCUCCGUCCACAUCAGAUGUCGACUGCACCGUCAAAUACAACACCUUUGAAGACACCACCGAAACCGAUGAUGCUAAUGUACUGGAUGCUAGCGUCCAGAUCUUCAUGAUUAUCGAGCGUGUCGUCGUUGAAGUGUAUUCUCGCAAACGUAUAUCACUACGCAUUGCAGACUAUGUCUCGCGACAAUUGAAGAGCUGGGCGUCCAAAUGGCUGCAGAAGCUAUCUCAUCUUACGACCAGACCUCAUUCUCGAGAAGCCGUAGUGGGUGCCUGCUCCACGCUCUGCUCCUAUUACUACGGCAUCAUGUUACUUACCCGACCUUUCCUCAUCUACGAGUUAUAUGAGUACAUGGGCGCUCCUCUAAAGAGCGGAGGCUCACAAGCUGAUCACCAAGAGAAGCGCAAGUACGCAGAUGCUGCACUUGAUGCCGCAUCGACGUUAGUGGACACACUGCUAGUCGUUACGAUUACAAAGCAGUUGCCUCGUAAGAUGCCACUGAUAGUAUCCUGGCUCUUCACAGCUACACUCGUUCUUGCCGUCGGCAUCCUUGGCGACUCAGGACUCAUGUUAGUGGACAGUUGCAAAGAUGCAAUCACUUGCAUGGACUACUUCGGUCAAGUCGAUCCUCAUGCCCGGCAAUACUCACAGGUCGCGCAAUCGCUGCUCAAGAUUACCACUGCACAUGCCAAGAAGAGAGAGCUACAUCUGCGCCGUAAAAGGAAGCAGGCAUCGUCGGAAUUGUUCGGCCUAUUGCCUGGAGAGUCAACUAGCAUCCCGGCCCAAGUAGACGAAUGCGACGCACAGCUCGGCCACGGGUCGCUGGUCUCCCGAGACUCCGUUCAGCGCCACGUGUCUUCCGCAGCGCCACUCGAUUGGACUAUAUACGAUGCCGACUUCUUUGCCAUGCCAUGGCCGAGUGAGAACGAUCAGGGUCUCCAGGAUUUCCUGCAGCCGGGCACUCACAACCUUGAUGGCGUAUCAGUGGCUGACAUACCGCUUUUCCCCAUCCAUGACCAGCAGAUGGGCGGUGACUUCUUCCCGUAA